UUGGGUUAGAUCCCCUACAUUUGUCGCACGCUAGCAACUCAGGUGAAUUCUCCUCAAGUUUGCUAACCCUCAACUUUCAAUCCAUCGUGGGGUGCUGUCUGUGGAUUUGUCUCCCUUGAUGGAAUGCAGACACUAGCGGUGGUUAUAGUUCUUGUGGUGUGUGGCGUGAGUGUGGGGGUGUCCACUGCCCAGUCAACUACCACACCCCGACCCACAGCCUGCUCGAGCUACAUCGAUGGAUGUGGCCUCAUUUACCGCUCCUCCCCCAGUACAAGACGAGCAGUGUUCGAGUACUACCUGUGUGUGAAGAACACGACACAAUGUAGCGAUGCUGACGGUCACGGUCUUCAACAACAAACGCUCGACUCAGUGCUCACCUUCUCGCUGUGUAAUGACGGCGGUCAAUAUGCUGGAGCUUCCAGACAGACCAUGUCCCUGCUCGCCGUCCUUGUGACCUUGACAUUGUGGCUCACGAACCUCAACACCUCCUCGUGACAGUCCUGACAGUAGUUUUAGGGUCAAAGGUCGCGAGGUCAAGGGUCAUGUGGCACACAAGUCGUCACGUGGUAUUUGAAAACAAAGUGAUGUAACUAUUCAUUCGACAACCAAAAGUGAUUCAAUUACUUGAGUUAGAUGACUGGCGGAAAUGUUCACACCUGUGUAACGUGACGCUGGCUGUCUGCUGUUCAGUGUGACUUUAACAUUUCACCAUACAACUUUGUGUGACUUUAACAUUUCACCAUACAACUUUCUCGCUGUAAGUUUGUUCUUCUGUGUGGCGGAUACUUGUUCUUGAUACUUUUUUUGUAAACCUUUCAAGACCGUGUGAAUGUAACUUCCAAUAUUUGAAGAGAUAAAUCUGAUGUGUAGUAACCGGUGAGAAAUAUCUAUGACGUAUCUCAGCUUCAUGUGCACAGUUCUACAGCUGCUAGUCUGUAUGUUGGUCUCUACGUUCUUCUCUACAAGUUAGGUAACUCUACAGUAAUUAUAAAAGUGUAGGUAGAUCCUGGACUAUUCCCCUUGAUUCACGAGGUUUUUUUUUGUUUUAAAUUAAACCUCUGGGGUGUUUUUUUUUAUCUUUGACUAAUACAUAUAUAUUUGAAAUGUAAUUGAUUCCAUUUUUUUUUUUUUAAAUCAGGUUUUUCAAAAAAAAAAAAAAUACAAAUUAGUCGGGUAAUAAAUUUUAGCAGCAUUUAUUUGUGUCAUGUGUCCUGUUUGAUCACGUGAUUUGAUUUUGUUGAUGAUGCGCACAACAAAAUCUCAAAUUAUUUGUUUAAAAAAAACGGUCAACUAAUA